AUGUCAGACCCAGCGGAAUACACAGUGGGGUGGAUCUGCGCUAUCGACGUGGAAUACGUUGCCGCGCAGGAAUUUCUUGAUGAGGAGCACGAAGGACCGACCUUUGUGUCGCCAAAUGAUACCAACGAUUACACAUUGGGCAAAAUAUGCCAGCACAACGUCGUCAUUGCUGUCCUACCUGACGGGGAGUAUGGUACAGCCUCUGCGGCCAGCGUGGCAACAAACAUGCUCAACAGCUUCCCCAACGUCAAAAUCGGCCUUAUGGUGGGCAUUGGCGGGGGUGUACCUAGCGAGAGGCAUGAUAUCCGCCUGGGGGAUGUUGUCGUGAGUGCUUCUAGCGGUGGCAGUGGCGAGGGUGGUGUGUUUCAAUAUGACUUUGGCAAGUCAAUCCAAGGCCAGGGAUUUCAGUAUACGCGAUUUUUGAACCAGGCUCCGGCUACAUUACGCACAGCAAUAACGGGGAUUCGAGCUCAGUACAAGAGAAAAGGACAUCAACUCGAGGAGGCUGUGAAUGGAUUGAUCGAUCGGAAUCAACGACUUAGCAAGGAGUUCAGACGACCACCCCCAUAUACCGACAAACUAUUCAAACCUGAGAUAGUUUGCUAUACUGAUUCCUCUAACAUCAUAUUGCGGCCUGAGCGAUCCAAACAGGAAGACAACCCUGCUGUCCAUUACGGUUUGAUUGCUUCCGCCAAUCAACUGAUGAAAGAUGCAUUGAUUCGGGAUAGACUUGCAGCGGAGAAGAACGUUCUCUGUUUUGAAAUGGAAGCCGCAGGGCUGAUGAAUCAAUUUCCAUGUCUUGUCAUUCGGGGCAUCUGUGACUACUCAGAUUCGCAUAAGAAUAAGGUAUGGCAAGGUUACGCAGCGAUGGUGGCCGCUGCAUUUGCCAAAGACAUUUUACGCAGGGUCUCUCCGAGUAGAAUUGAAGCGGAGGUAAGGAUCAAGGACCUUCUAUCUGGCCUUCAAGAUAUUGCAGAAGCACAUAGGAGUAUUGCACAGGAACACCUUGAGGUACAGAAAGAUAUAGCCCAGCAGACGUGGUCUAAACAAAAUACAGAAUGCCUUCAGCUCUUUCGUCUUACUGCCCAUACAGGGAGUACGGAUACCACAUAUGAGUGGUAUAAAGAUCGUGUUGGAGCUAGGGCCGAGGGCACCUGCAAAUGGUUCCUAGAGCAUAAGAAUUUCCAAAUGUGGGCAGCACAGGAUUCUGGUCUAUUAUUGGUCUCGGCAGACCCAGGCUGUGGCAAGUCCGUCUUGGCCAAGUACCUUAUUGACGACAUAUUACCGCAUUCCAACUCAGCAACCAUUUGCUACUUCUUCUUUAAAGACCAUGACCAGAACACUAUCCGCCAAGCCCUGUGUGCGUUACUACACCAACUCUUCUCAAAGAAAGUAAAUCUGAUCAAGCAUGCUAUGGAAGAGUUCCAAAAAAAUGGGCAAGGCCUAAUCAAUUCGACAAAUUCACUCUGGACUGUUCUGAGAAAUUCCCUGGAAGAUGCCGAAGCUGGAUCUGUGGUCCUAGUUCUUGACGCCCUGGAUGAGUGUACCGAGUCAGAUUUUGAAGAUUUGAUCCGGAAUGUGAAAGGACAAUUCCGCCGUGGACAGUCAAAAACAUUGAAAUGCCUUUUGACAAGCCGCCCAUACGAGCAAAUAACGGAUAAAUUCAGGGGCCUGCUGAGUGAUUUCCCCUAUAUACGAAUACCAGGAGAAGAUGAAUCAGAAAAAAUCGCCCAAGAAGUACGCCAUGUCAUCCAAUACCGAGUUGACGAGCUGGCCAGAGAGAAAGGACUACCAGACAAAGUCGUACGUCACCUGAUUGAUAGAUUACUCAGAGUCACACAUCGUACAUACCUCUGGGUAUAUCUCGUGUUUGACUAUUUGAAGUCCAACCAGUUCAAAAAGACUCCUAAUGGAAUUGAUCGCAUGAUUGAAACUCUCCCGUCAAAUGUCAACGAGGCAUACGAGCAGAUUCUCAACCGAUCUAGAGACCAAGCGAUGGUUCGAAGAGCUUUAAGGAUUAUGUUAGCAGCAAGCCGCCCAUUAACGAUACCUGAGAUGAACAUCGCCUUAAACAUUAAUGGCUCAUCAAAAUCCUUCCAUGACCUUGAUCUGGAGAACGAAGAGGACUUUAAAUCCCACCUGAGAACGGGGUGUGGGCUUUUCGUUUCAAUCCAUUACGACAGGAUUUACUUCCUUCAUCAAACUGCUAGAGAAUUUCUGGUCACAAAUACCAUCAAAACAGGGCUUCCAUCGGCCUUAUCUUGGCAAGGUUCCAUUGAUAGCAAAAGCGCACACAAAACUCUUGCAGAGGUCUGUGUGGUCUAUCUCAACUUCUUCAAUAGGCUCACUGCAUCUGCCCAUGGAAAGGAAGAUCCUAUUCCACACCAUUUUAAGGAGUACGCCUCGAAUAAUUGGGGUUCUCAUUUCUAUAAGGCCUACAUUAGAUCAGGAGCUGAUCUAGUUCCUCUUGCCUUAAACAUAUGCAGUCCGGAUUCAAGGAGCUGGCUGGUUUGGUACAAAAUUUACUCAAGGACCACAUGGCACUCAAUACUGGAGGGUUUCACUGCCAUCAUGAUAUCUUCUUAUUUUGGGCUUGAGGCUGUUGUGGAGGAACUACUACUUGAGAAAGAUCCGGAUAUCGAGUCGAGAGAUAAUACAUAUGACCGAACACCCAUCAGUUGGGCGGCGUAUGGCGGACAUGAGAUUAUUGUCAGGCUUCUAAUCCAGAGGGGUGCGGUUUAUGACUCCCGGGAUAAGCUUGGUCGAACACCUCUAUCACUGGCUGCAGAGGGCGGACACGAGACUGUUGUCAGAUUACUACUCGACAGGGCUGUGAUUUCUGACUCUCGUGAUGGGAAUGGUCGAACACCUCUAUCCUUCGCUGUAGCGUCUGGGCAUGAGAAUAUAGUCAGAUUGUUACUCGAUCGAGGUGUGGUAUUUGACUCUCAAGAUGAGGACGGUCGAACGCCUCUAUCCUUUGCCGCAGAGUACGGACGCGAAAAUAUUGUCGAAUUACUACUUGAGAAGGAUGUCAAGAUCGGAAAUGAGAAUAUUGUCAGGUGGCUGCUCGAUAAGGGUGCGGUAAACGACUCCCAGGAUCAGAAUGGCCACACACCCAUAUUUCUGGCUGCAGGGUUAGGCCAUGAGAGUGUUGCCAAACUGCUACUCGAGAAGGGUGUGGUGUAUGAUUCUCAAGAUAAGCAAGGUCGAACCCCUCUAUCCGUGGCUGUGGAGUACGGACGAGAGACGAUGGUCAGAUUGUUACUAGACAAAGGUGUAUCGUGCGACACUCAGGAUGAAACUGGCUGGACACCCCUACAUUUGGCUGCAGAACGCGGAUAUGAAACUAUUGUCAGAUUGCUACUGGACAAGGGUGUUGAGAUUGACUCAAAAGACGCACAAUAUGGCCAAACGCCCCUCUUCUUGGCUGCCAGAAACGGAUAUUUUAAUGUUUCUAGGCUGCUAUUUGAUAAGGGUGCUGCUAUUGAGUCCCAAGAUAGAUGCUUUGGCUCAACGCCCCUGUCACGGGCUGCAGAGAACGGACACGAGAAUAUUGUGAAGCUACUGGUCAAGAGAGGCGCCAACACCGAAUCCAAGGAUAGAAUGGCUGGACGAACGCCUCUUCUUUGGGCUGCAAAUAAUGGGCACAACGGCAGCGUGCAGGUUUUACUCGAGAACGGCGCAGUCCUUCAGUCCCAGGAUCGCGAUGGUCUGACUCCCCUUUGCUUAGCUGCACGUAGUGGGCACGAGAAGACUGUCCAGCUCCUUGUUGAAAGAGGCGCGAUAAUUGACUGGAAGGGAGCCUAUGGCCGAACACCCAUUUACUGGGCUGCUCACAAAGGCCACAGGAAUAUUGUGAAGCUACUACUGUCAAAGAUCGCCGCAUUUGACCUUGGUGGCACAGGUGGCACAGGUGGCUCUGCGGCUAUGAGUGCUGAAUUGCAGGGUAAUUGA